UAUACACUAUAUUGCCAAAAGUAUUGGCCCGCCCUCCCAAUCAUGUGAUUCAGGUGCUCCAAUCCCCUCCAUGGACACAGGUGUAUACAAUCAUCCCCUAGGCAUGCAGACUGCUUCUACAAACAUUGGUGAAAGAAUGGGUUGCUCUCAGGAGCUCAAUGACUCCAAGCGUGGUCCUGUGAUAGGUGGCCACCUGGGCAAUAAGUCCAUCUGUGACAUUUCCUGACUACUAAAUAUUCCACGCUCAACUGUUAGUGGGAUUAAAACAAAGUGGAAGCAACUGGGAACAACAGCCACUCAGCCACCAAGUGGUAGGCCACGUCACAUGACAGGGCGGGGUCAGUGCAUGCUGAAGCACACAGUGCGCAGAAGUCACCAACUGUCUGCA